UGAACUGAAGAAUAAGGAGAAGAGGGGUGGGCGGAGCAGAGGAGGAAGUAGCUGGGUCAGGUGUAGAGUACAAGCAGCAGACAUGACCUCCACACUCACUCAGGGCCUGGAGCGGAUCCCGGAUCAGCAGGGGUACUUGGUGAUUAACGAGGAUGGCGUGUUGGCGAGUGCCGGUGAUCUAGAGAACGAUGAGCACAUUGCCAGUGUGAUCCGGGAGAUGGUGACGGCGGCGUGCAGCUUCCGGGGUCUCGGGGACCAGGUGCCAUUUAAACGCAUGAGCAUUGUGUUCGGUGAGCACUCCUUCUUCGUCACCGUCUCCGGACAAAAGAUCUACGUGGUGAAGAGACACAAUGUUGUUCGUGAACCAAUCGUUGUUUGAUCCCUUGUGACCACGCCCUCUGCGUUAUUUUUUUUUUUAUACAUACUGGACUGAGCCCCGGUGAAGAGAUGGUCGUUGUGGGAAGUGCUGCUUUCAGAUUGUAAACAGAGGUCUCUCUGCUAACCUGUUUGUAAAUACUGUGUUUCCCCGAAAGUAAGCCCGGGUCUUAUAUUAAUUAUGCCAACAAAAGACACAGUAGGGCUUAUUUU